AUGUCGAUGUUAAGGAGUUUGCAGCACCAGCCCAAGGUGAUCUCGUUGUUUACCCACAAUCUCGAGAACGGUAAGGCUACUGAAGCGAUCCUGCAGGUGUUGAAAUGCGAUGCGGGCGAGAAGUACAACGUGGAGCUGGAUACGAAGUUCCCAACGCUGGACCAGCUGAAGUAUAUGAAUAGCAUCAAUCCGAACGUGUUGCGGAGCCAGAUUCCGAAACUGAGCGAACUGCUGGCAAGGAAAUCUCACGACUCGGUGUUCCACUCGGAGCUGAAAGAGUGUGUCGCCAAGGGCUACUGGAGCGGGAAGCAUCCGUUGUGGGUGGAUUGGGAGGAGAGGAGGAUGGGGAAUGAUGCGGAGAGCAUCAGGAAGCUGUUGGAACCGGAGAACAAGCCGGAAUGA